AUGUCCUCCGAUCUCUCCCACUCCUCGAUUCCCCUACAUUCCAAUGCGUCACUAGAAUCUCACGAGACCGUUGCCUCGUCGCCCCUAAACUCGGCGAUCCCUGCGAACUCGUCCAAGAACCGCUUCCACAGUCUCCCUUCACAUCGUCGGUCAAAUACGGAGUACAUUGCACGGCCCCCUAUCUUUGAAGACAGCGUCUACGAUUCGACAUCCAGCAAUCACCUCUCCAAGAACCGAGCAGCUCCAGCCUGGACCGAUACAUUCCCAAAGAAGAAGCUUGAAGCGAGAGCCAGGAUCUUGUCAGAUUGGUUCCAGGGCAAGUCAGAAUCGGGCGAUUCGGGACACAGUAUGCGUCCUGAUAGUCAUCCCAACGGGGCUGGGAUGGAAGCGUCUCGCGUUAGGGCGGGAUCCCCGUCACAUAUGCGCAAGAACUCGGCUCCAGGGACAGGACGAUUCUCAUUCUUCGGCCUCCGCCGACCUGCUGAACAAAGGCUUGAUUUUCCUGAACCUGCAGAUGAUGAAUUUUUGAACCUCGAUAUUUCGGCGGCCCUGUCCACUCCCGAUUCUGACCUGAGCAGCGAUGAAGCUCUGGAUAGUCUUCGCGAUCAGGCCACUACCGUUCUGCAACGCAUGCAAGAAGCAUACAAACAAAGGACCUUCGCCAUGCACCAGGUCCUUGCCGAUCGGAACGAGAAACAUGAAGAGCUCGAGGAGACUCGUGCUCGGGUGGACCACCUCAAGAUGCAGCUAGACGGCAUGGCCGCCAAAGUUUUGGACCAAGAGAAGGCCAUGAAGGCCAUGGCCGAAGAGUUGGAACAGGAGAGGCACUUGCGUCAGCGCGAGGAGUCUUGCAGCCGGAGUCGUACCAUGCGUACAAUUCCCCCUGAGGAUGAGAUCCCAUCCCUUGUGCUUCAGACUCCUCACCGCGGCGGCAAGCGUACCAGCCAUGGCACCUUUACGAGCGACUCGGGCUUCGAGUCUGGUGACGAGAGUGUCGCUGAUAGUGUCUUCUCGCACAAAGAGAUUGUCGAGUCACCGACAUCUACUCUAACCGCCCCGUCACCAAGUCUGUCACAGGUCGCCUUGUCCGCACCCUCAUCACUGCCCACGAUCCAGAAGAACCUCGUUGCUGCCACUACAAACCCUGCGCCGGCGCGCUCAUCAACGUACGAGCGGGUCAUCAAGGGGAUUGCCUCGACCCGUUUGGGCAGCUCUUUCGUUGGAAACGCCAACAAUUGUAACAUUUGCCAUGGUAUUCCAGCUUCGGAAGCUUGGAGCGUCAUGGGAGUGCUGAAGGAUGAAAACCGGGGCCUGAAGACGCGCCUGGGGGAGUUGGAGCUGGUCAUUGAUGACUGCUUAGGUCUCGUUGGUCCUUGA